AUGCACCAUGUAUUGGUAUAUGUAGAUCUCCAGAAACAACUCAUUGCCCUUGAGGCUCAAUUGCGUAAAGAAAAUGAAGAAGCACAAGAAAGAUUCAAUGCGGCUUUGCCCAAAAACACACCAUCGGUUAUACCAGAAAUCAUACAAAUAACUGCUAGACCUCCUUCAGAAUUAUUGACUUCGUCAAAUGCUACAGAUAAUAUUGACUUAUCAAUAGCUGAUGACAUUGAUAUAUCAGAUUCAACACCAAGAUCACAGAAAACAGUUAAUUCGAGAACCAACGCCAAAAGAGCACGACGGAUAAAAUCGUUAAUAAAGAGUACAGCAAAAAGAAUCGCUUCACGAAUAGGCAAUUCAUCUGUUAAGAAUGUUGAUCAGUCGUCACCUUCGCCAACAUCAAAUUUUGAACAGGAUAUUCACUCGUUACGAGUGGAACUAUCGGUGCCACCAUCACCUUCACAAUCAACAGUACGUUCCAGAACAUCCUCGAUGAAACCAAAAGCCCCUUUUAAGAGCAUUUUUAUUCCCAAGCUAACUCACAAUAGAGCGGACAGUGCUGAUACCCAUGAUUCCGUUCAGCAAAUCAGCCCUUGCUCAUUUUUGGACAGCAGUGUUCAAAAUAAUUCUCCACAGAGUCUUAUUUUUACUCCAUCUACUCCGGCAAGUCCAAUUACCAAUUCCCCAGUGAUAUAUCGUUCACCUAAUAAUUAUGCUUGUGAGAGUAAUGGUUUCAAGUCUACGUCCGAAAAUCGGGAUAGUGGUAUUUCUCUGGUUUCUCCCAAAAGUAAAUCUAGUAGCAGCCAACACUCAAGAGAACAUUCGAUUUCCUCCUUAUUACGGAGAAUAGAACUAUUUAAUGCUCCUCCCAAAGAACAUAAUCAGCGAACUGAAAAAGAUUGGGCUGGACCUAAGAGUCAUGAUAAUGAAUUACUAGCUUUUCGGUAUCCCAGUUCAAAAAACAUGGACCAAGUUAAUCAAACAUAUCCUACGAAUAAUGAAUUACUUACAAGAAGACAGAAGGAAAAGGAGCGCUUGGUGACUUUUGAUCUGAAUUAUACGCAAGAAUCGGAAACGUCGACGAACAUAACUAAAUUUGAGAGGAAUUCAGAUAGUUAUGAUGGUCCUCGUGUAUCUUAUCAAUCCGAUGAUCGUCGCGGUUUUGUCGAAUAA